AUGAGAGCUUAUUAUCAAUAUUCAUAUGGAAAUCCUCUUAAUGAGCAAUUGGGCUGUGUCUACAUUACACAAUUUGUAAAUAGCGUUGAGGAUUACUUAAACGGGAAAUCUCGGAUGGUAGCUGAUAUGAAAUUUGCUCAUGGAUUUACUAAGAUUGGUGUAUUUAAAGAUGAAUAUCCACUUACAGCAGAUUUAUCUCUUGAAAAAAUAAAAGGUAUAAAAUAUACAGAACAAACAACUGAAUAUUGGUCUUCUGCUACAUACUUUGAAAUUUAUACUUCUCCAGGCAAGGAUGUAUUAAUGCGACUUGUAGUUAAUUCGGAACCAUAUAAAAUUCCAGGUUGUGAUGGUGAAUAUUGUAAAUGGAGUGUAUUUAAAAAUAUUUUGGGCAGUAAGAUUAAUUGUGAUUUUGGAAAGUU